AACAGAAGAAAUCAACUAUUAAAACACGACAUCUUAAAAAGAAACGAAGAUAUUGCAAAUCAAGUACAAGCAACAAUAACCACUCUUUAAUGAACAAGUACAUAACUAAAGAACCAUACAAAGGAUUAGUACUUGAAUUAUUACAACCAAAAGAGGAACCUAAAUAUAUUAAAGAAGUAAACCAAGAAGUCAAGGAACCAAAAGUUAAAAUACCAAAGGAUUAUCCAGUAAAGAAAUUCUUACUAGAAACCUGGAAAAAACAACUUAAAACAAAUAUAAUCCAAACAGAAAACCUUAUCAAACUACAGAAGGUAGCAAUAGAACUACAAGAACCAAAUGAACUCAUUGAAGCCAAACAUAUUAUUCAACCUUUAAGCAUAGCAUACUAUUAUAAAUAUGGAUCAAAAGAAUUAUCUUCUCUAGAAAAAGAAGAACUUAAGAAAGCAAAAGAAAAACUAUUAACUAAACUACAAGAAGUAGGACAAGAAGUUACAGAAAUAAUAGAAGAAGAAAAAUUAACCAGAGUAUCUAUAAUAAUAGCACCAGAUAUCACUCCAGCACCACAUACAAUAAAAGUAAAAGUACCAAGAAGACAAAGAUUUAUAAGAACAAUAUCUGAAGAAGAGUUAGCUUGCCUAAUAAUUUAUAGUCACGAACUACAAGAUUACUUAACAUAUAAUCUAGCAGUACAACAAUUAGGAAUUGCUGAAACAAGAAUACAAGAUUAUCUGAGAAACGCCAAAAUAAUAAAACCACAAAUAUAUUAA